ACGUACAUGCAAACUCGUAGUCGCGUCGCGCGCGAUCACUCCGAGCAGUCCGAGCGAUAAGCGCGAAACAAGUGUCUCACUGCGCUCGCUGUACCGUACCGUACACACUGCACAACACGACGAUUCGCGGAAGACUCUCUCUCUCUCUCUCUCUCUCUCUCUCUCUCUGUCUCCGUCGCGAGUGCUCGCCUGAUGCAUAGCAAUAGUCGCGUCCGCCCGCCGCAGAGCAGUAUGUAUAAUAUACAGUAUACACCUAUACACGGCAGAGAAGUCCGGGCGAAAAAGCCGGUUCUUACGCCAUUGCAAUAAGUGGAGAGCAAAACGGAGCGCGAUAGGAAUAAUCGUGACGUCCUCCUCCUCUUCUCCAGUGCGGACAGUCGGCCACUAGCGACUAGUACGUACUAGUUAUAGUACCCUGUAACUACUACUUCUAGCGACGAAUAUAGACUUGGUAUAGAAGGACGCUAUAUAACCCCACACGAAGAGCAUACGACGAGCGUACGUAUAGGUACAUACAGCCAGAUACAGCGCACUCUUGAGCUUGUUUACACGGUCCAGUGGAGAGGAUACGCGCAUUAUCAUCGUCGCUCUCUCAGCAGUCUCAGCUCCAGUCCGCAUUUAAUCGUCAUCAUGCCAGUAGUGACGACUGCCGGAGAGCUGACUGCGCUCUGUCGCGGAGAUUAAGCCGUUUUCCGGGACACGAUCCUCUUCAUCUGUCAUCGCCGCCACGCCGACAGCUAUUGUCGCAGAAAAAAUGACGCGCCUCGCAGUGCUGUUGCCGUUGCUGCUGCUCUCGACGCUCUGUUCCGGGUCGUACGUUACGGGCGGCGGCGACGUGCUCUACGUCGAUGUCAACGACACUCCGGAAGUACACUGGCUCGUCAGCCACAAGGAUAACGAGAUCGAGGACAGCACCGACAGGGGCAAGGUGGUGCGCAGCAAGAGGAGCCCCAAGCAGCCACCACCCAAGUACAGCAAGCCUGUGAGCACUGGUCAGUUCGAGCUGAUCAAACCCGAGGCAUGCAGGGAAAGGCUCCGGAGGCUGUGCAGUGUCAUGGACAAGGAAAUGGAUGACCUCUUCUUUCUGGAGUGCAUUCAGACCUUCAAGCCAAAUGAGGUUUCCGGACUCGAUGACGGCUGUCAAAACUCCAUAUACAAUUAUAUUAGAAUUGUAACCAACAAUGAGAAUAUCGAUAAAAUGACAAAAGAAGAGUGCGGCGAUUCGCUCGAUAGUUUAAACUGCCCAAAGACAGCUCCAGGAUCUUAUUUGAAUUGUCUAGUGGAAAAGAGAGAAAAAGUGGCUGAUUUGCAAUGCUCUGAUUAUAUUCAGCGACUUGAUUGGGUUGUCAAUGACUUCAGAAUCAUCAUUGCUUCUUUCCUUCCUGAGUGCCAGAAUGACGUUGAUAAAUUCCAAUGUGGUAGAAUUCAACCGUACAAAGACAUUUUACAAGGGCAAACAUUGGCAUGUUUGCAGCAGCACCUCAACAAGCUGGAACCGGUCUGCAGAAAACAGAUUCUACAUGUAACUGAGAUUCAAGCAGAUAAUAUCAUGUCUGAUAGACAAUUGUAUCUUGCCUGUUCUCAAGAUCACAUAAAGUUUUGUCCCAACAUUCGACCAGGCAGUGGACACGUUUACAAAUGUCUCAUGCAGCAUAGACUUGACAGAUCCAUGACAAGAGAGUGUCAGGAUCAAUUAUUGAGAAGGGAGAAAUUGAUUGCUUCAGAUUAUAGAGUCAGUAAGGGUUUGGUAAGAGCUUGCAAAGAGGACAUAAAAAAUUACCGCUGUCGUAAAAAUGUAUCAGAUGACAAGGACAUCAGACUUGCUCAAAUAUUACUCUGCUUGGAAUCAGCUGUAAAGAAUGGCAGCAAAGUAACGAGAGAAUGUCAAGUUGAAAUGUUCGAUCACAGAAAAAUACUCAUGGAAGAUUACAGAUUGUCACCUGAGAUAGUAAACUACUGUGCCAAUGACAUUCAAACAUUUUGCAAUAAUUUAGAAGUUGGCGGAGCUACUAUUCACUGCUUGAUGGAAUACACGAGAAUUAGGAAGAGAAAGGCUAGGGUAUCUGCUGUAUGCCAAAGAGCUUUGGAAAAUUUGAUCAAGGAAACUGAUGCUGGAGAAGAUUGGAGAAUAGAUCCAGUUUUGAGAGAAGCAUGCCAGCCUGUCGUUGAUAUUGCUUGCAAAGACGUUCAAGGUGGAAAUUCCAGGAUAAUAUCUUGUUUGAUGGACAAACUGGGAACUGAUAAAAUGAUUGAUUCGUGUGAAACAGCUCUUGUCCAAAUCCAAUAUUUUAUAUCUAGAGAUUAUAAACUGGAUCCCCAGUUAUACAGAGCAUGCAAAGCAGACGCAGUGAACUUUUGCCAUGCCAAAAACGCUUGGUCCCCGGAUGGAACUCAGAUGGAUGCUGAAAGAGGUCCACUCGUUUUACCUUGUUUGUACAGAUAUGCUUAUCAUCCACAGAAAAAUAUGACGUUGAAAAAAGAAUGUUUGGAUGAAAUAAGACGAGUAAUGAGACAAAGAGCAGUAAACGUUGAUCUUCAGCCUGAAAUUGAGGAGGUCUGCCUAGAAGACUUGGCGUCGUUCUGUUUUGAUAAGACUGCAAAAGGAGAAGAGAUUUUAUGUUUACAAGAUAAGUUUGAUAGCUUGAAUCGAGAUUGUAAGUUAGCUGUAGGAAACUUUACGGAGGAACAAGCUGAAAGGAUCGAAUUGAACCCUAUUAUUUCAACAGCAUGUCGUCAUAUGAUGGAAAAACACUGUGAAGAUGUUAUAAAGUAUGGCAAGGAUGAAGGAGAUAUGAUGGAGUGCUUGAUUGAGCAUAAAAGCGAAAUAGAUACUAGGACUGACAGUAAAUGUAAAGCAGCUGUUGAACAUUUCCAACUAAUAUCGCUUAAAAAUUACCAUUUUACAUUCAAGUUUAAGGAAGCUUGUAGACCAAUGGUAACAAGAUACUGCCCUGACUCAAAAACAAAAGCUGAAGUGAUUAGUUGCCUGAGCGAGAAAAUGCAAAAAGAUAUAAUACGUGGUUCAAAGCAUAGAAUUUCGAGAGAGUGCAGACAGCAGCUCAAAGCUCAGUUGUAUCAACAAAAAGAAAACAUCAAAUUUGAUCCAAAAUUGCACAAAACAUGCGCUGAAGAAAUUAAACAAAAUUGCGCCAAGGUUGAGCCUGGCAACUCUCGGAUUUUAGAGUGCCUUGCAGCUAACAAACCAAAAUUAGGAGAAGCUUGCCAUGCGCUAUUGUUUAAAAUAAGAACUCAAGAAUUUGUAGAUAGUUCUGUCGACUUUGCUCUUCUCAAUGCCUGCCAUACAAUGGUUAGGCAAUUUUGUCGUCAAUCUGAUGGUGCUUUGGACUGCUUAAAGCAACACAAAGAUGAUGCGAUGUUUGACGAUAAAUGUAGAACAUUUGUCAUUAACAGAAUGGCUGAGCAAAAUACUGAUUAUAGAUUUAAUGUAGCAUUGCAACAGUUUUGUUCCUCGGAUAUCGACAGGCAUUGUAAACAGAUUAUACUAAACGAACCCAAAAAUAAAGAAUUGGAAGGUAAAGUAAUCGAAUGCUUGAAGAUCAAAUUUAAAGAAUCAAAACUUACCAUUAAAUGUGAGCACCAAAUGGAAACUAUAUUGAGGGAAGCAGCUCUUAAUUACCAUCUCAAUCCUCUGAUCGUUGCAUUGUGUGCUGAAGAGAUUGAUAAAAUGUGCAAAAAAGAUGACGAUAAUAAUUCUCCUGGUAAAGUUGAAGAGUGCCUGAAAACUCAAUUUAACGCAGACAAUAAGGAAAUGAAGGAAGCAUGUCGCAUACAAGUGGCGGAAAUGCUGGAAGAAGCCAAGGCUGAUAUCAACGUCGAUCCACUUUUGCAAAAAGCCUGUGCUGUCGACGUAAGCAAAUACUGCGGUAUGGUGCCACAAGGAGCAGGAAGACAGCUCAAGUGUCUACAGAAUGUAUUGAAAAAUGAAGAGAAACUGUUGCUGCCUGAUUGUUAUAAAAUGUUAAGUACUAGGAUUGAGAUGUUCAAAAAUGCAGACAAGUUGGCAGCCCCUGAAACGUUUGAAGAGUUGUAUGACUCGGUCAGCCGAUCGCCAGCUAGCCGAUACUUCUUCAUCAUCGCUUUCACGAUGGUCGGCUUCAUCUUCAUUACCGGUAUGUGCUGUGGCCGUGUGUCGCGUCGAACGAUGCUCAUGAAGAACAAAUGAUCGAUGAAAUGUGGAUUCGUUGGCCAAGUUAAACUCGUAUGCAUGAACAUUAUCAAGUUGCAAUCCUUGUGCGCUCGCAAAUCUAGCGAAUAAUAUAAGCCCGCGUUAAUCCAAUUUGCGUGACUAGGACACAGGAAAAAACAAUACAGAAUUUUCGAAUAACCUCUUGGCAAUACUGUACGAGUUUUCAAAUUUAAAAUAAUGACGAUGCUUUGUUUAACCAGGCAGCAAGUCCGUUUUUUAUUAACUCUAAUAGAAAAUAGAAGCGAUGCGAAUAUAGAAGUAUAUGUCAAGUAUCAACGUCCGAAGGUGCAUGCCGCGAAACUCGAAAGCGAGAUUUGUAUAAAGUUGAUGUAAAUUAUUAUCGAAACAAAAACCAAGAAAUAGGUAUAAAGAACGUCACUGUCGCGAAAAACAAGUCGGACAUGGGAAGGGAGAGAAAGUCACAUCACACAACUGGCUGUUCAUUUAGUAAGCGAUUUUUAUAUAAGAAAAACGAAAGAGAAAAAAUGGUGAACUUGUGAUAUCAAAUAUGUAUAAUAAAAAGUAUCUCAUACGACCAAGAUUAAUUGAUAAAUCAAAAUUUUACCCCGAUUAUAUGUUACCAACUCGUGCGCGCGCGUGUGUGUGUAUACGCGUUCACACGUCGCGCAAACGAUACAAGACGAAAGAAAAAGAGAAUAGGCGCGUCGAGUGUAUAAUAACAGCUACUUGAGCUCGCGCUCGCAUACACACAAGCGCACAGAAUAUCGUGAUGUGAAUUUUAAAAGAGAAGCCGGGUUCAAGUAGGCUUUCUUGCUCAACGUGCGCGUCACAACAAUUUUACGGCUGUAUGUGUGCACGCCAUUUGAAUUGGAAUUUCUAGACGGGAAGAAUGUCAAGGGACCGCCUGCCAUUAAUAAUAAUUGUGAAACGUUUCUCGUAUAGCGCAUCAUCGGUCUCUCGUCGCUGUAAUGUAUUUAUCUAGUUGUAUCGACGCGAUGAUGAUACGUCUACGGCCACGAGAGAAUCUCUGUCGUUUGGGAAUUGAUUGAUUUUUUUGUAAUGUUUUACAAAGUAUGGAAGUUUAUGAUUCUAUAAGGCACGAUUUGUAUAUAUACCACUUUAUUAUGACAAUAUAUAUUGUAUAUUGAUUGAAAA